ACACACACACACACACACACACACACACACACACACACACACACACACACACACACACACACACACACACACACGACGGACAUGAUGAGAACCGUUUGCACGGGUCAUCAUUCAGCUGAAUUAAAACACAACAUCUUCACUUCUAUAUGAAAGCGAGCAGAUAUAAAAGCAAGCUAGAGACAUCAGUCACCUGCUAUUGAAUGAAGGACCUUUCUCCAGCCUUCAAUCCUAGAUCAUAACCACAAAAGAAGAAAAGAUAUUCUAAAGCAGCCUUCCUCUUUCAUGUAUCUCUCUCCGUCCUGUUCUAUUCCCACUUAGCCCCUCCUUCUCCGCUGUGAGUGUUUUCUUUGUCUCUCUGGAGGUGUACAGUAGUCAGGCUCUGCCAUGCCCAGGGCGUGACCCAUCGUGUCUCCUUCUCCUCCUCCAUCAUGAAGCUGAAGCAGCGUGUGGUUGUGUUGUGUGGUGUGCUGCUGCUGCUGGGCCUGGCCAAGCUCUUCCUGCUGGACGGAGGCGAAGGCUCGGCUGCCAGCCGGCGUGACCUGCGUGCCUUCCGCAAGAUGGAGGCGGGCUUAGCUCUGGCUAAGAAUGCCCGUCUCACACACACAUUGCAGUCACCCUGGGAAGUGGCGGCACAGUGGGUGGGGCCACGUGAGGUUUACCCUGAUGAGACACCUGAGCUGGCCGCCGUCCUCGGCGCCCUGACCAGCACCCGUAUCCAGAGGGCGGACGUCGGCUUCAAAGGAACCCAGCUGAAAGCACUUCUGGUGCUGGACGGAGGACAGAAGGUGGUCUUCAAGCCCAAGCGGUACAGCAGAGAUUAUGUGGUUGAGGGAGAACCUUACGCUGGCUACGACAGGCAUAACGCAGAGAUCGCUGCCUUUCACCUGGACAGGAUCCUGGGCUUUAGGAGAGCACCUCUGGUGAUGGGGCGGUUUGUGAACCUGCGGACGGAGAUAAAGCCUGUCGCCACAGAGCAGCUUCUGAGCACGUUCCUCAUGCACGGGAAUAAUACAUGCUUCUAUGGGAAGUGUUACUACUGCAGGGAGAGUGAGCCGGCAUGUGCCGAGGGAGACAUCAUGGAGGGAUCAGUGACGCUCUGGCUCCCUGAUGUCUGGCCACUGCAGAAACACAGACACCCCUGGGGACGCACAUACAGAGAGGGCAAACUCGCCAGGUGGGAGUAUGAUGAGAGUUACUGUGAAGCUGUGAAGAAGAUGCCUCCAUACGAUGCCGGUCCACGCCUCUUGGACGUGAUUGACACAUCUAUAUUUGAUUACCUGAUCGGCAACGCGGAUCGACAUCACUACGAGAGCUUCCAAGACGACGGCGGAGCCAGCAUGCUAAUUCUGUUGGACAAUGCUAAAAGUUUCGGGAAUCCAUCUCUAGACGAAAGAAGCAUUCUGGCUCCUCUCUAUCAGUGCUGCAUGGUCAGAGUGUCCACCUGGAACCGGAUAAACCUGCUGAAGGGCGGCGCUCUGAGUUCAGCGAUGCGUCAGGCUACGGCCCAUGACCCUGCCCACCCCGUUCUGAAUGAGCCUCACCUGGCUGCCCUCGACCGGCGUCUCAGCAGCGUCAUAGCCAGCGUACGCCAGUGCAUCGAGCUGCAGGGCGCAGAGAGCACACUUAUCGAAGACCGCAUGAACCUGCCUCACCCUUAAACAUAGAGAGAGAGAGAAAAGCGACUGAGAAAAGAGAGAAGGAGGGAAGGUAGCAUUUUGAAUUGAAUGCUGCCUGUCAGUGCAUGCCUUUAGAGGCUCACUUCCUGCAUUUACAGCAUUGCAAGAAGACAUUAAAAAGUUGGGGUAGUUACUUCAACGCAAGCAGGAAGUUGUCUCGUAACACAUUAACAAUGAUGCAGACCCUGGCUUCUUCACAAACGACAAACGUUAUUUCCUUGGACUUCCACACACAUGUGCACGCACACACACACACACACACGAGAGCUCUCCCCACACUCUAAUCUAAUCUAUUUCUCUUCCAUAUUUUUUCAACAUGAACCACACAGUCCAGAUGUCCACCCAUUCCCUUGUAACAUUCUUACCUUUUUUCCGUCUAUGAAUUUCUCUCUCUCGCUGGUUCCAGGGUUAACAUUCGGCCUGUAACGUUGAACAUACUCGGGCCUGUAAGGGCUCAGGGACAUUCCACAGAAGCCGUGGGGGUGUUUGCAAGCCUGGGCUGCUACUGUCACCAGUGAAACUAUGUCACUGACAUCAUAAAUCAAAGCAUCGACAGACUAUCUAGCGAUUGUCUGUCUACACGCAGAUUGUACAUAAGCAACUAUUUAAUGAUGAUUUUGUUAAAGAAACGAAUGAUUUAAAAGAUUAAUGUUGAGAGUUUACUAUGCAGGGUCUUAUUACCGCCUGCUUUCAAAUGUGCAGUACAAUUUCUGGAUAUAAACGGGUAGUGGGUGGAAGAAGCUGCUACUGAAACUCAAAAAGAGGAUGGAAAGAACAAUAUUAUGGAAAGCUACAAACAAGAAGGAGUUUUUCAUACAUAUCCCUGAAGGGUAGGUGUGGCUACAGGUAUUCAUCCCAGCCAAAUUGGACUGCUACCUGAUAGUGAUCGAAAGACCAAGAGAAUCUAAUUAAACAAGGGGGAACGUGGUGUCACUCCUGUUUGUUUGGACUAAAAGGCUACAGCCAGAUCAACCAUUUCCAGAUAAGAAAUGAGGGUCCCUGCUCAUUGUGUGAAGAUCUUUUGAGCAUUAAAACAAAACAAAACAAAAAUGUAA